AUGCCAAUUAUUAAUCAUGCUGGUGAAGAGUUCCAUCUUUCUCAUGAGGAAGAGGAAAAACUGAAUAACUUUCAAGGUAUUACUAACUUUCCAGAGGACGAUCUACCAUUAGUCAUCAAGCUUUUACAGAACCAUGGUUGGAAUUUGGAAGCUGCUUUAAGUAGGUAUUUUGAUGAUGAGUGGAAAGAAUCGGUGAAAUUGAUCAACUCCGGAGCUCACUCCUCUGCAGAAUUUGCCACAGGACGAGUCCCUGAAAAUAUAGCAAUCCCAAUGAGAAACGACACACCUAUAGAUAUCCCUAAUGUAGAAACUCCAUCAUUUUUCCAUGAUGAAAUAAUGAGAAAUGAGGCUUCCCCAGGACCGUUUUUAGGUUCACACUACGUUCCAUCUUUACCAUUAAUAAGAAAGUUACCAACCAACUAUAGAGAUAACUUGAAAGUGGUUGGUCUCACUACAGGCGUCAAUGUUUGGGAUAUUUAUAACCUAACUGCAAGUGGAACUACAAAUGAAUUAUUAGGCCCAUUGAUAGUGAUUCUUUUACUUGUUCCCAAAAUAGUCCUUCGGGCAGGACUGAGCUUGUUUUCAUUACUAUGGGGUAUUAUAGCCUUUGGGUUUACAAAUAAUUUGAAUAAUGAUAGUAAAAGUAAAGUAUACCAUAUCCCAAACGCUCCACUCAAGAAAUAUUUCGAAAAUCCUGAACAAAAAACAGAGCAAUCAUAUGCUGAGAUUGUAAAAGGUUAUAUGGCUACGCAUAUUGAUGAUGAUAACAAAAUAUCGAUGAUUGAAAGUUUAUUGCCCAAUGAGAAUAAAAAUUUUAACGACCUUCUAGAAGAGGCUCAGUCUGAAUUUAAAUAUUUGCUGGUAUUGCUUUUAGGAAACUUGGAUAGUUACAGCCCCUCGCAACUAGAAGGAAAGAAAUUAUCAAAAGAUGUCACAGACAUUGAUAUUAACUCACACAGAUUUUUAAAUAGAGUUCUUAUUGAUGACGCUGUUUUGAAGACGUUGGCUGACUACAAAGAUGAGCUAUUGGUGUAUGUUGGCUCAGUAUCUGAUGUAGAGCCUUGGUUUAUUUCUCAAGAAUUGAAAUUGAAAUACACGCCUGACAGCUUUCUAGUGGCUAACGUACUAAACUCCAAUGGUUCAGUUAACGGAUCAACUAGAUUAUCGAUACUAAGCAAGAUUCGAAUGACAUCCGCAAAGAGGUUUAGCUCCAGUCUAAAGAACACAAUCGAAAGAUACAGGCCAGAAUUACUUGUAAGUAGAACUGAUGUCCAGGAAUUGAGACUAGCCCGUGAAAUUAAGCAAAAGCAAGAGGAAGCGUAUCAAAAUUCUUUGAUGCAAGACAGAAACAAGGAAGAGAAAAGAUUACAAGAAGAAAAAGAACGUAAGGAAUUGGAAACAAUGCUUGCAAAGAAACAAAGAGAGCAAGCUUUGUUGACAGCUCUGCAUGAGCUGCGUUGGUUGAGCAAAUGUAUUGAGAAGACAACUCAUUUACAGCAGCAGAAUAGCAUAUCAAAUGGAGGGAAUAAAAAUAUUGCUACGCUCCAAAUCAGGACUGCUGAUGGGAAAAGAAUUAUAAAGAAGAUUGCAGGAGAUAUGACGCUAAGGUCACUUUAUGAGGAGAUUGGGUGCCAUUUAUAUCUUGAGUUACAGGAUGAAGAUCAAAGAAAAUGGUUGCAACAAAUCCAAUCUAAACUCUGUGAUAUACGUGACAACUCGGACAGUUCAUCUAUCUUAAUUAGUCUGACUGAAACAGAUGAAAACUCAAUAGAAAAACUAAUGGAUAUAGUGCAUAAUGAGAUGCAUUCAAUAUUUGAUGAAUUACCACCAAAUUUGAGAGGAGUUGAGGAUCUAGAAAUCAAAUUUGAAUUGAUUUCACCUUUCCCAAGGACGAAUAUUCCAAUGGAUGAAAAUAAAGUAAUUAGUGACAUUAAAGACAUAUGGCCCAAAGGGAAUUUGCUGGUAGAACAUAUAGAUGAGGAUUUAUCAACAAGUGAAUCUGAUGAUGAAACUAAUUGA